AUGCCUGCUUUCAGGCUGCGCUCUGGCCUGCUGCUUGUGCUGGCGUUGUUCUGUUCUACAAGUUCACCAUGUGGCCUGUCAACACACAUAGAAAUAGGACACAGAGCCCUGCAAUUUCUUCAUCUGGAAGAUGGGCGUGUUAACUACAGAAAGCUGCUGUUAGAACACCAGGAUGCCUAUCAGGCUGGGGCCGUCUUUCCUGACUCCUUCUACCCUGACAUCUGCAAGGGAGGAAAAUUCCAUGAUGUGUCAGAGAGGACUCAUUGGACUCCGUUUCUGAAUGCAAGCAUUCAUUAUAUCCGGGAGAACUACCCUCUUCCCUGGGAAAAGGACACAGAGAAACUGGUAGCUUUCCUGUUUGGAAUUACCUCUCACAUGGUGGCCGAUGUCAGCUGGCACAGCCUGGGUAUUGAACAGGGAUUUCUUAGGACAAUGGGAGUGAUUGAUUUCCACGGCUCCUAUUCUGAGGCCCAUACAGUGGGUGAUUUUGGAGGAGAUGUGGUGAGCCAGUUCGAGUUUAAUUUUAAUUACCUUGCAAGACGCUGGUACAUACCCAUCACAGAUCUACUGGGAAUUUAUAAGAAACUCUAUGGUCGAGAUGUCAUCACCAAGAAUGUCAUUGUUGAUUGUACACACCUUCAGUUCUUGGCAAUGUAUGGUGAGACAUUUGCUGUUUCCAAGUUGUAUUCCACGUACUCUACAAAGUCCCCAUUCCUGGUGGAACAGUUCCAAGAGUAUUUCCUUGGAGGCCUGGAUGAUAUGGCGUUUUGGUCCACUAACAUCUAUCGGCUCACUAGCUUCAUGCUAGAGAAUGGGACCAGUGACUGUAGCCUACCUGAAAACCCUCUGUUCAUUGCAUGUGGUGGUCAGCAGAACAACAGCCUCAGCACAAAAGGUCAGAAGAGUGACUUUCAUAGGAAUUUGACCUUAUCCUUAAGUAAAGAUAUUGGAAAAAAUGUAAACUACACUGGACGAGGAGUGUUCUUCAGUGUGGAUUCCUGGACCCCGGAUUCUGUAUCCUUUAUGUACCAGGCUCUGGAACAGAAAUUACGGAUGAUGUUUUCAGGCAGCUCUCAGAAGACACUGAAGCAUGUCUCCAGCCCCUCAGCCUCUUACUUCUCCUCAGUUCCCUAUGCCAGGCUUGGUUGGGCCAUGGUCUCGGCGGAUCUCAAUCAGGAUGGCUACAGUGACCUCGUGGCAGGUGCACCAGGCUACAGCCAUCCCGGCCGCUUCCAGAUUGGGCGUGUGUACCUCAUCUAUGGCAAUGAGCUGGGCCUGCCCCCCAUUGACCUGGACCUGGACAAGGAGGCCCAUGGGAUCCUGGAGGGCUUCCAGCCUUCAGGUCGGUUUGGCUCAGCCUUGGCUGUGUUGGACUUUAACAAGGAUGGGGUGCCUGACCUGGCCGUGGGAGCACCCUCCGUGGGCUCAGAGCAGCUCACAUACAAAGGUGCAGUGUAUGUCUACUAUGGAUCCAGACAAGGGAGACUGCCUUCUUCCCCGAACAUCACCAUCUCCUGUCAGGAUGUUUACUGCAACUUGGGCUGGACACUCCUGGCUGCAGACAUGAAUGGAGACAGUGAGCCAGACCUGGUGAUUGGCUCCCCUUUUGCACCAGGUGGAGGGAAGCAGAAAGGAAUUGUGGCUGCAUUUUAUUCUAGCCCCAGCCAGAGUGACAAAGAGACGCUGAGUGUGGCAGAGGCUGAUUGGCUGGUGAGAGGUGAGGAAGACUUCUCUUGGUUUGGAUACUCCCUUCACAGUGUCAUGGUGAACAACAGAACCUUGCUGCUAGUCGGAAGCCCAGUCUGGAAGAAUGUUACUAGGCUUGGCUAUUUAUUCCACGGUGCUAGUGAGAAAAAAAGCCUUGGAAGGGUGUAUGGCUACUUCCCACCAAAUUGCCAAAAGCAGUUUAUCAUUUCUGGAGACAAGGCAAUGGGAAAACUGGGCACGUCCCUGUCAAGUGGCCACGUGAAGGUGAACGGCAUCCUGACACAAGUGCUGGUGGUUGGGGCCCCAACUCACGAUGAUGUGUCUAAAAUGGCAUUCCUGAAAAUGACCCUGCACCAAGGCGGAACGACUCGGCUUUAUGCACUAACACUGGACACACAGCCCUCUCUGCUCAGCACCUUCAGUGGAGACCGUCGUUUCUCUCGCUUUGGUGGAGUUCUACACUUGAGUGAUCUGGAUAAUGAUGGCUUAGAUGAAAUCAUUAUGGCAGCCCCACUGAGGAUAACAGAUGUAACCUCUGGGCUGCUUGGAGGAGAAGAUGGAAGAGUGUAUGUAUACAAUGGCAAAGGGACCACCCUUGGAGACAUGACAGGAAAAUGCAAAUCUUGGAUAACUCCAUGUCCAGAGGAAAAGGCUCAAUAUGUACUAAUUUCUCCUGAAGCAAGUUCAAGGUUUGGGAGCUCUCUGAUCUCCGUGAGGUCAAAGAAAGAGAACCAAGUUGUCAUUGCUGCUGGAAGGAGUUCUUUGGGAGCACGGCUCUCGGGGACACUUCAUGUCUAUAGCCUCAGCCCAAACUGAAGACACUCCAUUUUCCUAUUCCCUCCCUCUCUCAUGGAGUCCUCUUCAGGGAGACUACUCUGGUGGGCAAGCUGGCAAAUCCAGUGGCUGACUCGUGGAAGAGACAUGCUCUAACAGCCAAAAUGUCUGCAAAUAUGGCAAAGUGCAUGACUGCACUAAAUGUAUGUAUUCAUUCCUCUUACAAAUUUCACUUGUUUGCUUCUGCAUCUAAACCUUUGUUCUUCCUACUUGAACAUCUAUGUGUGUCUCCCUGAGACCUGGAAAGGUUUCCUGUGGUUAUGUCUUAGACAAUCUUAUGUAGUUCCUUAAAGAAAACAAAGCUAACCACAAACAACCCCUUUUUGUUAUGGUGGCUGAUCGUAAAUGUCUCCCAGAGCUAAUAUAUUGAAAGCUUGGUCCCCAGCUAACAGUUGUUGGGAGGUGGUGGAAACUCAUGGGUGAGGCCUGGUUGGAGGAAGUUACAUUAGGACUCCAGGCUUUCCUUUCUUUUUGCUUCCUGACUGUCAUAAAGCAAGCAGCUUUUCUCUGCCAUGGCUUCUACCAUGAUGAACUGCUAAAUGACUAUGAACUGAAACUGUGAGGCAAAAUAAACAUUUCCUCUGUUAACUUUAUUAUCUCAGGUAUUUUGUCACAUUCAUAGUACACAAAGAAGAAUUGAGGGAGGAAGGGAAAUAGUACAGAGGAAGAUAAGGGGGUGAGACCACCUCCCACUCCCAAAUCACUUGUGCUUUGGUUCUUUUAAUGAGGACUAUUGUAUUUUCCACAUGUUAUAUAAUAGACAAAUAUAACUAAAACUCAGCUACCUUUCUGUGCUCUCACAUGCUUAUGUAGAGAUAGCUGUUCUAACAAGCGAUGAACCUCAGGACUCUGCUAGUGUUAAGUCAUCUCUCCAGGGAACUUCGUUGAGCUACAUUGCCACAAGCUGUGCCAACAGAAGUAGGGAGGAGAGGAGUGGCCUGGGCCAGGGUCUCUAUGAGGGACAAAAUGAAUAAGGGAAAAGGCUUUGGCAUCACUUGUCCUUGGGCUGUUUUAAAAUUUUUCUGGCAUUAUUUACAUAGAAAGUAGCUAAUUUAGUGUCAGAAGAGAGAGCUUCUUCUCUGAUUGAUA